AUGCCAACGGAUGACACGACGAAUUUCAUAGUCGAGCGUCGUUAUCCCGUAAAAGGAAAUCUAGUAGAACAUGUUGGAGUUGUUGGGACGUUCAAUGGGAUAGUCCUUUUUAGGUAUUUAGGUGCUUUAGUUCUUUACAAUCCGUUCACAGGUGCGUACAAGAAACUUCCCUCUGCACCUACUAGUUCAUGUGCUCGAGCUGCCUAUGGAUUCGGUUAUGGUGCAAACUCGGAUGACCUAAAGAUUGUUAGGUUUAAUAAGCAUUUUAAAGUUUGUGAUGUCUACAAUUUGAAAGAGGGAUCGUGGAGUUCAUGGAGCACUUCAAAGUACUACGCUAGCAUCCCUAUUGAAAAUUUGGACGGUACAUUUGCAAAUGGAUUUUUGUAUUGGAUUGGAUCACGUAGUAGGAAUAUGUUCAUUGUUCUCGAUGUUAAAGACAUGGUGCUUUCAGAAAUGUAUCCACCAUUUGUGAUUGCCUAUCAUUUAGGUACGGUAAACGGAUCCCUUUGUACACUACAUAAACAGUACGAAAACAGAAUCGACAUGUGGGUUAUGAAGGAACAGAACCAAUGGUCCAAAAUAUAUUCAUUUAGUUUACCUUUGAGUGGUGCUCUGAUGAAUUCCUACCCUAUUUAUAUUUUGGAUAGUGGAAGAAUUCUUAUGGGGAGCUAUUUCUCAUCGAAUCUCAUUGUCUACGACCCGUUGCUAGAUUCAUUCAAAGUUUCACGCAUGUUCAAUCGUCAUACAAUGCGCGUCUUGGAGUAUGUGGAGAGUCUAGUUGCACCUUCAGAUAUAAGUUCCUCAAGAAUGGAAUGA